CAGUUUUCGCCCCGCGCUCGACCGGUCGAUCCGUGACCAUGGGUCAAGUGAACGUAGAACAUUAGUCGACAAACACAGCCAACAUGACCGAUGAUAUACCAGACACAGGUGCCGUAUUCACGUUCGGCAAAUCUCACUUCGCGGACAACGAGCCGAGCCACUUCUUCAUCAAGAACGAUCCGGUGGUUGCUAUUUCCUGCGGCGACGAACACAGCGCUGUGAUUUGCCAGAAUGGUCGUGUGUUUGUGUUCGGAGCUAACACGUGGGGUCAGCUGGGCCUUGGUCAUAAAGAUGAGGUGACGCGGCCUAGUUGCGUGAAAUGGCUCAAACCGCAGCGAACAAUGUUCGUUGCGUGCGGACGAGCGCACACCGUUUUCGUUACAGAAACAAACGCUAUAUACACCGUGGGCUGCAACGAUGAGGGGCAGCUCGGCACCGGCGAUAUGGAACACAGCACAGUUCCGCAAAGUGUCGAACUUGAGGAGCCCAUAGUCGUGAAACAGAUAUCCGCUGGAAGCAACCACACGGCUCUACUGACUGAGGAUGGUCGCGUGUUUAUGUGCGGCUCCAACUCCGAAGGGCAGCUCGGUUUAGGCGAAGACUCACGAUCCGCUGUACGGUUCACUGAACUCAAGUUCAUGGAGAAGAUAGCCUUCAUCGAAUGCGGGUAUUAUCACACCGUCUUUAUAACUACCAAAGGAGCAGUCUUUGUAACUGGCGACAACGAAAAUCAGAAACUAGGUAUCCAGAAAAUAGCCACAAGCAUCUACGUUCCGGAAGUUUUGCCCAUAAGUACUCCAAUAAAGAGCGCCUGCUGUGGGGCUGCACACACGUUCCUUCUGACAAUGGAUGAAUCUAAAAUAUUGGGCUUCGGUUCCAAUGAAAAGGGUCAGCUGGGAAUGCCUCGAGAGGUCGAGUUUGUUACUGAGCCUAGCGAAAUUGACAUGGACAUUAUGUUCGACGGAUACCAACUAAAGUUGGUCGCCUGUGGCGCAAUGCAUACAGCUUUUGUAACUGACAACGGACUACUGUACACGUGCGGCGAGUCGAGGCAUAAUAAACUGUGUUUGGAAGAUAUCGACGACACCAACUCAAACGAGGUGGUCCCCAAUCAAUACACCCCUAAACGGGUCACCGCCAUGAAUGGGCACAUCGUAGACAAUGUGGCGUGUGGGGGCUGCCACACUCUACUUACGGCCACCAAAGGCUCGAACGCGGACUUCACGAACAACGAUUUCAACAUUAUUAACGAAGCCACCAGACAAAUAACUCUCACCGAAUUACCGCCCUUACAGAAAAUACCAGCGAUGAACAAAACCGAAGAGAAUCCGUUCUUAAUUGAAGACGUGACAAACUCUAACGUGGACGACAAACAGAAAGCGGAUAACUUGAAUGGAAACACGAACGAGGAAUCCGGAUCAAUAGACUCGUUAGAGGCCAACGUGAGCGGAUCACACAUCGUAAACAUAAACGACCUUGAAAUUGAAAAUGGAAGUACGCAUGACCUGGCUGACCUAAACAAAGACAACAUUGAUCGUGUUUCCGACACAGGUGACUCGGCUAUGGACGUGGUCGAAAUUAUGGACACGGUGCUUGACGAUAUGCAGACAAAUGUUCAUGAUUCUGUAAAAGAGGUCACCGAUACAGUCCAUGAGAAAAAGGAAGUGAUUGAAGAAGUAAUUCACAAAACGGAAGCAAAUGCAAAAGGGCUGCGCGAUGAUGUCACAAAGAUUUUGACCGUUCCUGAUAAAGUAGUCGAAAUUGCAAAUUCCCCGCUGCCUAAAACACCCAUAUUGCAAGAACUACUCCACGUUCCCGAUAUAUCACAACUCAGUCCUGCUCACAGUAAGCACAGUGACGAGAAAAGUGAAACAGGCCAGUCCGAAAACGAAACAAUAACAUGCGCAUCGGAUAAAUCUAGUCCUCAAGCUGGGAAGACAGCUAAAACACAAGCCGUUAUGCCGAUUGUCAGGAGCGAGGACCAUAUAGACUCUCAUGUUGAUGAAACCAAUGAAGAAUCAGAUGUUGUUGUUAAUAAAUUGGAAGAGAAGGGUCGAUUUGCGAGGAUGUUUCAGUCAAUACGAGACAAGGAAAACUCUUGUAUGGGGAAGGGCAAAGUCAUUGAAGAGAAAGUUGUUGAGACGGUUCACAAAGGCAUCGACAACGCCGAAGAGUCGAUUCACAAAGUUGAAGAAACCGUUGAAACAGAGAUACGGAACCAGACAAACUCUAGAACCUGCACUAUAUUGUAAAAACGGCUACAUCAUGUAUGGUUUUGGCAAUAAAAUCUUACUUCUUAA